AAAGUUUAAGGCCUAGAUCUUUGAUAUUUGGUAUGUAGCAUUGCCUAGUGGAUCUCUAACAAGGUUGUUCAAAUUAUGCCCCUGGGGUGAAAAGAGGCCCCACCCUGGGGGUCACUUGUUAUAUGAGUUAUAUAGGAAUAAAUACUUCAAAAAUUAUUAGAUCAUAUUUCCUAGACUGUUUAAUUAUAAUUACCUAAUGUCCCCAAGUGAUUAGGAGUCAGUUGACUAUGAUCUUGGCCUGCUGACCUACUUGGUUUUUAAGAUACAGCCUUGAAAUUUGGAUGACAUGUACAGUUUUGCACACCAAUCUUAAAACUGACUUCCAGUGACCAUGAAUUUGACCUACUGACCUACUUUCUAAUAUUUUAGCAUCAGUUUGCCAUUUGAAACAUGUGGCUCAUAUUACUCAGGUGAGCGAUUCAGGGUCAUCAUGACCCUCUUGUUAACAUAAAAAACUACUUAAAAUUAAGUCAAACAGUUUUCUUCUGAUGGGUAUACUUUGUGACAGUCUGACACUCUCGUUUUUAUCAUUUAGGUUUUGACAGGUGUAGUACAGAGCCAUGCAUGAAUAUGGGCACGUGUAUCGAUGGGGCAGACAAUUACACAUGUAUCUGUACGGAUGGCUUCAGAGGCCCAAAUUGUGAAGAAUUUGACAGUUGUAGCACAGACCCGUGCCAGAAUAAUGGCACGUGUAUCGAUGGGGCAGACAAUUACACAUGUAUCUGUACGGAUGGCUUCAGAGGCCCAAAUUGUGAAGAAUUCGACAGUUGUAGCACAGACCCAUGCCAGAAUAAUGGCACAUGUAUCGAUGGGGCAGACAAUUACACAUGUAUCUGUACGGAUGGCUUCAGAGGCCCAAAUUGUGAAGAUUCUGGACCAUGUCAACAGGGAUUGGUAUUCAUGUUGGGCAGUUGUUAUUAUUUUAGCCAAACAGCCGAAACUUGGUACGAUGCUGAAGUUGCUUGUACACAGAUAGGUGGACAUCUUAUUGUAGUGGAUAGUGGCGAAGAAGUAGGGAUUGUUCCGUCUUACUAUUGGAUUGGCCUGAAUGAUAUUGAGAUUGAGGGCACUUUCGUCUGGACAACAGGAGAAGUCUUUUAUAUUGCAUCCAUUAGUAGUCCUGAGGAUGACUGCUUUUAUCUGUCUACUGUUUAUGUAGUAGAAGAGCACUGCAAUUCCACUAGGAAAUACAUCUGUGAAGUGGAAAGUUUUUAUUAACUGAGGAAGAUGUCACUUUCGAGACCUUAAACUAGGAAACUGACUUGGUAGAGUUUGAGCGGACUAAAACAUUUUUGAUACAAAUUAUCAAUGGAAUGAAAGCUUUUUGUUAGAUUAUGUCUGUGGAUUGAAUCUUUACUUUUCAUUAUAUUAUUUCGAUGCAUUGCGACCUUUUGGAAACAUGUCGAUGGAUGGAGUUUUUCUUAACAUAUGCCAAUGAAUAGAUACCUUUUCUUUAUAUUAUGUCAGUGAGUUAAAGCCUUUUCUUACAUGAUGUCAAUGGAUUGUAACCUUUUAAGCCUAUCUGAAUUUUUAGCUCUGCAGAGCACAAAGUGCUCAAGAUGAGCUGUUGUGACCGAUCAUUGUCCGGCAUGCGUCAUAUGUCAGCAUUUGCGUUGUGAACACUCUAGAGGCCACAUUUGUAACCCAAUCCUUAUGAAACUUGGUCUGAAUGUUUGUCUUGAUGAUUGCUAGGUCAGGUUUGAAACUGGGUCAUGUGGGAUCUAAAACUAGGCAACUAUGCCAGAUCAGAGGAAAACUUUAACCACAAUUAAAGUUAGAAACCCAUGUGAGUUAAUCAGAAUGUUUGUCUUGAUAAUCUAUAGGUCAUGUGGGGUCAAAAACUAGGUCACCCAUUUAAAUCAAAGGAAAAGCUUGUGAACACUCUAGAGGCCAGUUAUGACCAAAUCUUUAUGAAACUUGGCCAGAAUGUUUAUCUUGAUGAUCUCUAGGUCAGAUUUGAAUAUUGGUUAUGUGGGAUCAAAAACUAGAUCAGUAGGCCAGAUCAAUGGGAAAGCUUGUGAACACUCCAGAUGGCAAAGGUGUGACUCAAUCUUUAUGAAACUUGGUUAGAAUGUUUGUCUUGAUGAUCUCUAGGUCCAAUUUUAAUCUGGGUCAUUUGGCGUCAAAAACUAAGUCAUAUGUUCAAAUCAAAGGAAAAGUUUGUGAACACUCUAAAGGCAACAGUUGUGAUUCGAUCUAUAUGAAACUUGGUCAGAAUGUUUGUCUUGAUGAUCUUUAAGUUAAAUUCGAAACUGGGUCAUUUUGGGUCAAAAACUAGGUCAGUAGGCCAGAUAAACUCUGGUGAGCGAUAUAGGGCCUUCAUGGCCCUCUUGUUGAAAAAAAGAUGAGUUAUUGUCCUCACUUGAUCGCCAUGGGCGUUGGCAUUGUCUGGUUAAGUUUUAUGUUUAGAUCAACUUUCUCCUAAACUAACAAGCUUUUGCUUUAAAACUUGCAACACAUGUUUACCAUCAAUAGCUGACUCUGUACAGCAAGAAACCUAACUCUGUCUUGCUAUUUGCAAGAAUUAUUUCCCCUUUUAGAUUUCUUGGUUAAGUUUUUUGUUUAAUCAGCUUUUCUCCUAAACUAAGCUUUUUUUAAAACUUGCAAUACUUGUUUACCAUCCAAAGCUGGCUCUGUAGAGCAAGAAACUUAAGUCCAUCCUGCUUUUGCAAGAAUUAUGGCCCCUUUUGGACUUAGAAAAUAUUAGAUUUUUUGGUUAAGUUUUCUUUUUAGGUCAACUUUUCUCCCUAACGGUUAAAACUAUCAAACUUGGAACAGUUAUUUGCCAUAAAAAGCUGAAAAUGUACAACAAGUACCAUAACUCUGGAUUGCUUUUUAAUCCCCCGCCACGAGUGAUGGAGGGUUAUAGGAAUGGUCUCUGUCCGUCUUUCCAUAUUCUAUCCUUCCAUAACAUUUUGUUUCCACUCUGUAUCUCCUAAUCCCAUUGAAGGAUUUUCAUGAAACUUGGGUCAAAUGAUCACCUCAUCAUGACGAUGUGCAGAACCCAUGAGCCAGCCAUGUCGGUUCAAGCUCAAGGUCACAUCUCAAGGUCAAAAGUUUGAGCCUUCCAUUUGUUUCCGCUCUGUAUCUUCUAAAACCCUUAAAGGAUAAUCAUGAAACUUAGGUCAGAUGAUCACCUCAUCAAGACGAUGUGCAGAACCCAUGAGUCAGUCAUGUCAGGGUCAAGGUCACAACUCAAGGUCAAAGGUUUGAGCCUAUCAUUUCGUGUCUGUUCUGUAUCUCCUAAACCUCUUGAAGGAUAAUUAUGAAACUUGGAUUAAAUGAUCACCUCAUCAAGACGAUGCGCGGAACUCAUGAGUCAUUCAUGUCCACUCUGUAUCUUCUAAACCCCUUGAAGGAUUUUCAUCAAACUUUGGUCAAAUGAUCACCUCAUCAAGAUGAUGUGCAGAACUGAUGAGUCAACCAUGCCGGUCAAGGUCACAACUUAGGGUCAAAGGUUUGAGCCUUCCAUUUUGUGUGCACUCUGUAUCUCCUAAACGCCUUGAAAGAUUUACAUUAAACUUGGGUCAAAUGAUCACCUCAUCAGGACCUCAGGAGUCAGCUAUGUCGGUUCAAGAUCAGGUCACAACUCAAGGUCAAAAGUUUUAGCUCUGUAUCUUCUAAACCCCUUCAAGGAUUUUCAUGAAACUUGGGUCAAAUGAUCACCUCAUCUAGACAACGUGCAGAAUUCAUGGGUCAGCCAUGUCAGUUCAAAGUCAAGGUCACAGCUCGAGGUCAAAGGUUUACCCUUUCACUAUCCAUACCAGUGGCGUGGGAUUUAGGUCUCUUUCAGACUUCAUUGUUGCAAGAAUUAUGGCCCUUUUAGACUUAGAAAAUCAUGGUAGGACAAUAUACAGAGACAAAAAAAAUCAGAUGAGCAUCUGCACCCUCAAGGGGAUGCUGUUGUUGUAAAGUUAUGUCAUUUGGAUGAAACGUUUUAGUAGCAUUAUACUAGUGGGUUCAAAUAUUUUUGUAACAUGUCUGUGAGUAUAAAUCUUUUUUUUUUCUUGAUGUCAGUGGGUUGAAACCUAUUUAACACUAUUUCAAUGGAUUGAAACCUUUUCCUUAAUACAUGUCAGUGGAUUGAAACCUUUUCUUUACAUUAUGUAAGGGGAUUGAAAACUUUUUGUUUUGUCAAUUGAUUUUUCUUUCAUUCUGUCAGUGGUUAUGUUCCUUAAAAAUUACAGCAUGUUGUAUUUUGAAGUAUAACUUUUUUACUCCUAAUUCUCAAAGCAUGUCAGAAUAAAAUGGUUUGUAAUUCGUAUUGAGUUAACAAGAUUAUUUUGUACAUAAAUAAAAAGCAGAAGAUGA